AGUCAUAUAACCGAUGAAUCGGAUGUGCAAAGAAAGUACAACGCAAAAAGACUGAGCAGUGCUGGUUGCGUACGUAUUUUUCGAUGUGUCUUUUCACUCGUUGUCUGUGUGAUAGCCUCGUGCAACUUUCUCGACUCGACUCUCCUGAGUCCUGUGCACACUUUGUUCCAAUAGAUGCAUGAAUAGAGAAAGGAGUCAGCUUUUGGCAUUUGGACACAUGCUGGAGGUCGAGAUGUCAAAUCCCCGCGAAGAGGCUCCCAGAUUAGAUGAGUUCCACAAGCUGAUAUCACAAAGGCAACUUUAUGAGCAGAAUCUGAAAGAUGCGAGGGCUCUCAUGGUAGAAUACGAGAGGAAGGUCCAGGAGUGCAGGAGAAUUGAAGAGGAGCAAGGAGACCUCAUCAGGAAGAUACAGAUCGCAGAGGAUAUCGAACUCGAAGAGAAGCAGAAUAUCUUCAAGGAGCUGGACACGUACAAGAUGCUCAGCAUGUGCCAUAUCUGCAAUACAGAGCCCAGAAGCGCCUUGGAUUUACCAUGCAUGCAUUACAUUUGCUGCGAAGACUGCCUGGACAUCUCGAAGAUCUGGAGCGGCGUUCAAAGCUGCCUCAUGUGCAGAGUUAGAGACCACGACACCGAUCAAACCGACUCCGAGAUUCAGAAUUCCGAUUAGUUUCUUAGCCGUGGCCUGGCAGUCACGAAAAACUGUAGAUCUCUUCUAUUUCUCGAGGAAUAGGAAUUAGCUUCGUUGGCCUUUACGAUUAUUGCUCUUGCUCUUGACGGUCUUUGGGUACCGAUUCGAUGUGUCUAUAUUUCUCUGAUCUACUCAAAGCUGAUCUUCAGCGCGACGUUCUCUGUUUCCAGUUC